AUGCUGCACGUGACGCUGCGCUGGCUCGCGCUGAUUGCGCUGGCCGUCCUCUUCAUUCUGCAGCAGCUCUACGAGCCCCUGGUGACCAUUUGGGUGGCCUUGGGGGAGUUCUUCCACUGCGCCAGCUUCGUGCUGCUGCUGGACCUGCUCAUCUCCAACAGGGGCUUCAAAGGACUCAGCGUCAAAACCCAAAUUCUCUUUCUCCUCGUCUACUGGUUCCGCUACUUCGACAGCUUCUUCACCGACCACCCCAACCACUGGAUCAAGGCGCUGAAGUUCUUCUACAUGGCGAGCUCUUUGGUUUUGGUGCUUUCGAUUUUCUGGCUGCGGCAGUCUUGGGAAAGAAGAAAAGACUCAUGUUCGUUGCCGGUCUUGUGCGUGUUGUCCGUUUUGCUGGGGACCCUCAACUUCCUGCUGGACCAGCCGAAGCCGGGGUCGAAUUUUGAAGUUUUGCUGCAGUAUUUGUGGAUUAUUUCGCAUUAUUUGCAGGGCUUCGCGAUGCUCCCGCAGUUCAUUUUCUGUUACCGCGAUCCCGAAAACCGCGACAAGUUGUUGACAGCUUACGUUUUAGUUUUGGGAACUUACAGAUUUUUCUACGCGCUGAACUGGAUUGAACGCAAAGUCACCCACAACUUCUUCUACAUUUCAGGUCCCGUCGGCCUCGGCAUUCUCGCGAUCUUCCUCGCGGACUUCAUCGCUUUCAAACUCCGACACAAAAGUUGCAUUUCCUCUUUCGUCCUCCGCAUAGACGACACAAUGCAAGUCUCGAGGCUGCCGCUGCUCUCUGGACUUGGAGAUGAAUACGAACGCGUCAAUCCAGGGUCGGGGGCCCCCGGGGGGCCCCCCUCGGGGCCCCCGGGCCCCACAGUCAUAGCUGUGGGCCGCGCUGCCCCUGUCGAGCUGGACUCCCGCACUGUGCAGGUUUUGGGGAGGCCCCAGGGGCCCCCGCUGUACGACGAGCCCCCAGAGCCGUAUGUGGCGCCUGCUCUGCCGCCGCUUUCUCAACAAGGCGCAGCAAAUGCUGCUCCUGAGGGGCCCACUCGGGCUUGCACAGUUCCUUCUUCUCCAGUUGCAAAAGAACUUGAGCUGAAGUCUCUUGUUUAG